CCGAUGCAUCGUUGUUGAAAUACCAAUUCUCUGAAUCCAAAUUUUAAUUUCAAUUUGGCGUUACGGCAACCGAUUGCAUGCAGAGCCCCGAAUUAAGAUCUGCGACGAGUUUCGUAUAGAUCGGAUAGCUUGUGUAUCGGUUAAGAUACGAGAUACGUUGAACGAUAUAUCCGGCUUUAUUCAAUCACAACAAUGGAGUCGAAACGUUGUCAGACGCUUCGAAACGUGAUGUAACGUUAUGUGUAUAACGUCGGAACGUAUUGAUACCGGCGUUAGGACAUUGUCAGUUUCCCCAUGCGAUCAUCAUGAACGCUGUUUAUGUCUGAUCGGCUGACAGCUGUUCAAGACUUCAGUGUGAUGUGCACUGGAUUGUUUUUACGAGCAUCGACGUAUCUUCUGAUCAUGUAAGGUUUCCCAAGCGAUCAACGAUGAAGCUACUGCGUGGUUACAACGCAUCGGAACGUGAAAGUGCAACAGCGUAAUCCUCUCGUACAUUUUGAAUGUAUUUCUCUAUCACUUUCAAGUGCAAAGUUACAGAACAGUUCGCGGUAUAAUGGCAGCUCACAAGACAGGCGGGCAAAGUGCUCGAAAAAAAGUGCAGGUAUCUAUGGUUAUAAGAGAUGAGGUGGAAAAGAAACAUAGAGCUGGAGUCAAUUCAUUGCAAUAUGAUCCAGCUUUGCACAGGCUUUACUCUGCGGGUAGAGACAGCAUUAUAAGGAUAUGGAAUUGCAAAAAUAUGAAGGACCCAUAUAUUCAAUCAAUGGAGCAUCAUACAGAUUGGGUCAAUGAUAUAGUAUUAUGUUGCGUAAUAUCGGCCAGUUCUGACACGACAGUGAAAGUAUGGAAUGCACAUAAAGGUUUCUGCAUGUCUACAUUAAGGACACAUAAGGAUUAUGUAAAAGCUCUAGCAUAUGCAAAAGAUAAAGAGCAAGUUGCUAGUGCAGGUUUAGAUAAAUUAAUUUUUCUGUGGGAUGUGAAUACAUUAACUGCUCUUACAGCGAGCAACAAUACAGUAACAACAUCAUCUCUUAGUGGAAAUAAAGACUCUAUAUAUAGCCUUGCCAUGAAUCAGAUUGGAACAAUUAUAGUGAGUGGUAGUACAGAAAAAGUUUUAAGGGUAUGGGACCCAAGGAACUGUACUAAGCUAAUGAAACUUCGUGGUCAUAUGGAUAAUAUUAAAGCUUUAGUACUAAACAGAGAUGGCACUCAAUGUUUGUCAGCCAGUUCUGAUGGAACAAUUAAACUUUGGUCAUUAGGACAACAAAGAUGUAUCCAAACUUACAGAGUACAUAAGGAAGGUGUCUGGGCAUUGUUGGCAACAGAUACUUUCAGUCAUGUAAUAUCAGGAGGCAGAGACAAAAGGGUUGUAAUGACUGAAUUAUCAUGUUAUCCUGAAAGAUACACAGUUAUUUGUGAAGAAAAAGCGCCUGUGUUAAAAAUGGUCAUGACACCUGAUCAGUCCAGUAUUUGGGUAGCAACUAGCGAAUCUACUAUAAAUAAUUGGUCUAUAAGUCAAAAGGAUUGGCAAGAAUUAGGAAUUGAAGAUUAUUGUGACUCUGCUAGUGGGGUAACCCCUAAUGUAAGAAAUACAGAGCCUGCACAAAAGAUAUUGGGUGGUCCAGCGAUACGGCACUGUCACGUUUUAAAUGAUAGAAGACAUGUUUUAACAAAAGAUACAGAAGAAAAUGUAGCUUUGUAUGAUGUAUUAAAGGCACGAAAAGUUGAAGAUUUAGGAAAAGUAGAUUUUGAACAAGAAAUAAAAAAAAGGAAUAAAAUGGUGUAUGUUCCAAACUGGUUUAGUGUAGAUCUUAAAACUGGGAUGUUGACCAUCCAUUUAGGGCAAGAUGAAAAUGAUUGUUUUUCUGCAUGGGUUUCUGCAAAAGAAACUGGUCUUGCAGAAAAUGAUGCAGUGGAUCAAAAAGUGAAUUAUGGAAAUCUUUUACUGCAAGCAUUAUUGGAACAUUGGUGGAGGCCAUUACACGUUGAUGAUGAAAAUGAAGGUAACAGUAACGACGGUAAUGGUUCUAUACAUACCAGAGGAGGAAAUCUGUAUUUCUCAGUACCAACUCAUACACCUGUUAUAUUCAGUGAAGUAGGAGGCAGACCUUUGUAUAGAUUGUUAGUUAGAGAUGCUGCUGGAGAAAUGGAAGGAGUGCUAUUAAAUGAAACUGUACCAGCGUGGGUAGUUAAUAUUGUUGUGGAUAAAAAUCUCCCACAAUUCAUAAAAAUAUCAUUUUAUCUUCUUCCACAUGCUACAUCUGGCGUCAAAAGUUUAAAAAAGGAUCGCUUAAUCGCAAACGAUUUUAUACAAAUUCGUAAAGUAGCAGAACAUGUUUGUGAUAAAGUGCUUGGUGCCGGAAGUGAUUCAGGAUCGGUAGCAGGUGCUGGAAAUACAGUUUCUGGAGGAUCUCCAGCAGGAGAUAGAACAAAUACGGAUUCAAACGCUGAUAAUUCUUCGCUGGCCGAAGAAAAAGUAGAAUUGUUAUGUAAUGAUCAAGUUUUAGAUCCUUCUAUGGAUUUAAGAACCAAUAACGGAAGAUAUGUGGUCUAGUUGCAGAGUAUGGCAUCUUACAUUACCUUCACUUCAUGAAAUGUUCAAUCGAAUUUCAGUGGAUGUUUCAUUAGAUGCUGCAACUGAAGACGAGUAAAAACCAGGUUAUAUAUAGAAUAUUUAAAAUUAAAUGAAUGAAAGGCAAUAAUGUGUUGGAGUAUUAAUAUAAAUUGCUCAUAUUUGCAUAUUAAUAUCCUGAGGCCAAAUUCAAUAUAAUUUCAAUUUAGUCUGCUUCUAAAAGCAUACAUUUUUUGUACUAGUACGAAGUAUUAAAUAUUUGAUGUCAGCCAUUUAUAGUCUUCCCACUUCAAUAAUACGAACAAGGAAAGUUAAGCACAAAAAGUAAGGGAUAAAGUAUAUGGCCCAGGAAAUUAUAUAUGUACUUUUAAAUAUUAUAUUCUUGAUAUACUUCUCAAUCUUUUCUUUAUUAAUUCUAUAUAGUUAUUUUUUAUAAUUUAUAAAUUAUUACUUUAUUUAAACAAACAAUUUAAUCCAACAAACGAAGAAAGAUACAUACUUAUUAGCAGUACUCCACACAUCUGCCUUGUUAUUUAAAAAAACCAAAAAGAAACUAUAAAAGGAAGAGGAAAAUGUCAAUUUACUAUUAAUCAAAUUAAAAUUGAACAGCCAAAUUAACGAUUCAAUAUUUCCUAUUAAUAAUAUAGGAAAUAACAGUGUAUGUCUUCAGUAUAGUAAGAUCAAAUUCUGUCUUUAAUGGAACUUCCAAUAAUUAAAUUUUUAUCACAGAUAUAUAAUGAUGUUUCAUGUGAGAGAAGAAAGUAUAAAUUCAUUAUAGUUGUCGAUUAAAAAAAUAUAAUUGGCAGAAUUUGACCUUAGGAGACAACUAUAAUAGAUAAAAAAAAAAAACAAAAAGUGUGUAGUUAAUCAUACGUUAAAAUAUUUACUCUACUAGAAUUCUACAAAUUGUACAUACAAAUACGAUUGUAAGUAACGUCCCUUAACCAUGGUGAUGGGCUGUAUACAUAAAAUCGAAGCAGAUGUAUCAAAAAUGGAAGCCUUUGCACCAAUUUCAUUAAAUUGGGAUAAAUGCUUGACUUUUCUAAAAAAAAAAAAAAGUGGGGAU